AUGUUUUUGCUUCCAUUCAUUUCUCCUUUUAUUUAACCUCGACUUUCAAAGCACGAAGUUAAACAACUUAAAGCAGUUUAUGCUAAUAUGAUGAAUGAUGAUAAAAGUCAGAAUAAAUUGAAAAUGAAUGCUGAAAAGCUUGGAAUAUUAAUGCUCUUGAACCCUUAAUUGAAGCCAUUUUUGAGAGUUGACGAUAUAGACCCAGAUUUAGCAUAACCUUAAGCUGUUUAAGAGUUAUCCUAAUCAAAAGAAAAUACAAUUUCAGAGAAUUCUCAAAGAAAUCUGGUAUUUUAUAAUCCUUAAGACAAGCCAUUGACAUUUGAAUUAUAUGUUAAAGAAUAAAAUCAGAGAGGGAUUUACGGAACUUAAAUUUAAGAAAAACAGUAUUAAUAAUAAACUGCUAAUAAAAUUUAAUAAUCAUAAAUUUAAAAAUCAAAUAGAGCAAUUACAUAGAGCCAUUUUGCAGCCAAAUAAAGAAACUAAUCAACAGGAUUUUCUUCAUAAGAAAAACAUACAGGUUUAAUAAGGUCAAAGUAUAUUGAUGAAAGAUAAUAAAAGGAUUAUGAUCAAAUGCAAAAUCUGUAAAACAAUACAAAUCAUAAGCAAAGAACUCUGACCUUAGACAACAACAAUUAACAAGAAAAAGUUAGAAUCUUUAGGGUCGGCAAACAAAUACUAUACGACACUAGAGAUUUUAUUCCGUUAAUUAUGAUUAGCCAACUUUGA